AUGAGCAAGGUUAUUCAUAAAAUUGUCUCUCCUUCUCAAACAACUUUCAUCCCGGGUCGGCAAAUUUACGAUGGGGUUCUGCUGGCCAACGAAAUAGAAGACUAUGCUAAGAGAUUUAAAAAGGAAUGUUUGUUUUUCAAAGUCGAUUAUGCUAAAGCCUACGACUGUGUCGACUGGCUUUACCUAGAUGCGAUGCUUGUUAAGAUGGGUUUUGGUCCAAAUUGGUUAAAAUGGAUUCGAGGAUCCGUGUUCAAUAGUUUCGUUUCGAUUCUUAUUAACGGAUGUCCUUCGAAGGAUUUCAAGGUUGGAAAAGGUCUGAAGCAGGGGCACCCUUUGGCUCCGUUUCAGUUUGCCAUAGUAGCAGAGGGCCUGUCUUGUUUAGUCAGAUUCGCAGUUGCCGGUAACCUGCUAAGAGAAUUCAAGAUCAAUAAUCAAAAUUCUGAGAGCAUGCUUCAAUUUGCCGAUGACACUCUGCUUAUAGGAGAUGGUUCGGUUAUGAAUAUAUGGGCUUUCAAGGCUGUCCUACGCGCGUUCGAACUGAUUUCUGGUUUGAAAAUUAAUUUCUCUAAAAGUUGUCUUUAUGGGAUAAGAGUAGACCCUACUUUCCUUGUUGCAGCUGAAGAAUUUCUGCACUGUAAAUCUGGCAGGCUACUGUUCAAUUUUCUCGGUCUUCAGGUAGGAGGAAAUCAUCGUCGACAUUCAUUCUGGAAUCCGGUUUUGUCUUGUAUAAGGAGUAAGCUAUCAAAUUGGGCUGGGAGAAAUCUGUCAAUGGAAGGUAGAGUAUCCCUCAUUAACUCGGUUUUAGCUAACUUGCUUAUUCAUUACUUGGCUUUCUUCAAGGCUCCCAAGAAAAUCGUGAACGAUAUUGUCGCAAUCCAACGACGUUUUCUCUGGGCUGGGAACUCUAGUAAAAGGUUCAUCUCUUGGAUAUCUUUGAACUCCAUCUGUAAGCCAAAGGAAUACGGAGGUCUUGGCAUUAAACACGUAGGUCGUUUUAAUUGUGCUCUUAUAGCAAAAUGGUUGUGGAUAUUUCAAAGCGGUGGUAAUGAAAUUUGGAGAAAGACGCUCAAUCUCAGAUACGGUAACUUGAGCAUGAAGGUGCAAACUUUCGCCGACGUCGGUAGCUCGAAUUUCGAUUCUUUUUGGAUGAAGGAUAUUUUGUCAAGUUCAACCUGCGACUUCAAUGUGGACUUCAACAAGUUUAUGACUUGCACUAUUGGAGAAGGUCACAGUACGACAUUUUGGAAAUCUAAUUAG